CUCGUGACAGCUGUUUGCUGCAUGGGAGCUUCCGGUGCAUGUAUACCUCCAGCACUGAUAUUCCCUCGAAAGAGGAUGAAGGCAGAGCUAUUCGAUGAUGCGCCGGUGGGAACGCUGCCGAUGAUCUCCGACACGGGAUUCAUCAACGGGGAGCUUUUCGCAGAAUGGCUCCAACACUUUCAACGGCACGUGAAGUCCACGAAAGACGAUCCGACACUGCUGAUUUUGGACAAUCACGUGAGCCACUGCACGCUGAAAGCCAUCGAGUUCGCGCGGGAGAACAGAAUAAUUCUCCUGACCCUGCCGCCACAUGGAAGCCAUCGACUACAGCCACUGGAUGUGGGUUUUUUCGGCCCACUCAAGUCGGCGUAUGCCCUUGAGUGCGACAAAUGGAUGGUGGAACAUCCCGGGCGCUGCAUCACCAUGUACAAUGUGGCUGGACUCUUCCGUGCAGCAUACGGCAGAGUUGCUUCGGUCCAAAAGGCAGAAAGAGCAUUCGAAGCGACCGGCGUGAUCCCCUUCAACCCUGAGCGAUUUGGACCGGAAGACUUUGCACCAUCGGCUGUGACAGACAGAGCCGUUGCAGCAAGUAACGGUGACGAAGAAGGACGCCCUGCUGCAGACCUCGAGAACCAUGGGCGCCCUCCCGCAGAAUCUGAAGAUGACGUCUGCCCUGUCACAGGCUCUGAAGAACGUGGAUGUCCUGCCGCAAACCCUGAAGGUGAUGCACGUCCCGAUGGAGGCAGUGAAGAACGUGGACGUCGUACUGCAGAUAGAGAAGACCAGAGGCGUCCUGUUACAGGCAGUGUAGAUGAGGGACUUCCUGGUCCAAGCGGUGUUUCGCCGCCAGACAUUUACCGGAUUCCAAAGGCCACUCACCCGCAGAAAAGACGGAGGGUAGGGAAGAAGUCUGAGAUUAUGACCUUGUCUCCUUAUAUGAUCGCUGUCAAAGAGGCCACCGACAAGAAAUCUCGAACACCGUCAAAGGCAACGCCAUCGGUAAGAAGGAGGUCUCAGAGGGUGACUCGAGCUAAAAGGAAUAAGAGCAACGACAGUGACGACGACGUGUGCCCAUGUCUUGUAUGUGGUUUCGCAUUUCAUGAGGCAGGGGGAAAGAAGGUCCAAUGCAUUUCAUGUGGUCUCUACGCACAUCGUGAGUGUGCCCAGUGCACCAAGUACUUUGAGUGCUGCAACUGCGCAUCCGAUGCAGAUUAACGCGUCGGAGAGCGACGAAUCUAAAGCAUAACG